AUGCUACCGUUCACUCCUCAGGAGGAGCUUUGGAACCAAGAAAUGGAGGUGUUCGGAGGCGGCGCAAGCAGCGGCGAGGUUAGUAUGGUGGCCGAGGACUGGAGCCAACCCCCUCCUUUCCACAGGACGCUGGCUGGAGGCCUGAGAGAGAAGGAGCAUAGGGCUAGGGAGCGGGGUGCCCAGGCAAGAUCCCUUGAGGCUGCAGGAUGUUUGGAAAAUACUCAAGUGGAAAUUGUUAAACCCUCUGAAGUAAAACAAAAGGUGAAGGUUUUUCUUGUUCGAAAGAAGACUGGUCCUGAUGCUGGGCAGCUCUAUGCAAUGAAGGUGUUAAAAAAAGCUUCUUUAAAAGUUCGAGACAGAGUUCGGACAAAGAUGGAGAGGGAUAUACUGGUGGAAGUAAAUCAUCCAUUUAUUGUCAAAUUACACUAUGCCUUUCAGACUGAAGGGAAGCUGUAUUUAAUACUAGAUUUUCUCAGGGGAGGAGAUGUCUUUACAAGAUUAUCCAAAGAGGUUCUGUUUACAGAGGAAGAUGUGAAAUUCUACCUUGCAGAACUGGCACUUGCUUUGGAUCAUCUGCACCAAUUAGGAAUUGUAUAUAGAGACCUGAAACCAGAAAACAUUUUGCUUGAUGAAAUAGGACAUAUCAAGUUAACAGAUUUUGGACUCAGCAAGGAAUCUGUAGAUCAAGAAAAAAAGGCUUACUCAUUUUGUGGUACAGUGGAGUACAUGGCUCCUGAAGUAGUAAAUAGGAGAGGCCACUCCCAAAGUGCUGAUUGGUGGUCAUAUGGUGUACUUAUGUUUGAAAUGCUUACUGGUACUCUGCCAUUUCAAGGUAAAGACAGAAAUGAGACCAUGAAUAUGAUAUUAAAAGCAAAACUCGGAAUGCCUCAGUUUCUUAGUGCUGAAGCACAAAGUCUACUAAGGAUGUUAUUCAAAAGAAAUCCAGCAAAUAGAUUGGGUUCAGAAGGAGUUGAGGAAAUCAAAAGACAUCUUUUUUUUGCAAAUGUUGACUGGAAUGUUGGGGAAUGUGAAGGAGGAAGAGAAAGAGGUGACGAGGUGAAUGAUAAGGUUGUUCAUCGUGAUCUUAAACCUAGUAAUAUUUUAUAUAUGGAUGAAUCGGCCAAUGCAGACUCCAUUAGGAUCUGUGAUUUUGGGUUUGCAAAACAGCUUCGUGGAGAAAAUGGACUUCUUUUAACUCCAUGCUACACUGCAAACUUUGUAGCACCUGAGGUUCUUAUGCAACAGGGCUAUGACGCUGCUUGUGAUAUUUGGAGCCUAGGUGUCCUUUUUUACACCAUGCUGGCUGGCUACACUCCAUUUGCUAAUGGCCCCAAUGAUACUCCUGAAGAGAUACUGCUACGUAUAGGCAAUGGCAAGUUCUCUUUGAGUGGUGGAAACUGGGACAAUAUUUCAGAUGGAGCAAAGGAUUUACUCUCCCAUAUGCUACAUAUGGACCCACAUCAGCGGUACACUACAGAACAAGUAUUAAAACACUCAUGGAUAACCCACAGAGAUCAGUUGCUGAAUGAUCAGCCAAAUAGAUAUGAUGCAUCACAUGUCAUUAAGGGAGUAGUGGUCACCACAUGUUCUGCCCUGACUCACAAGACCUUUCAACCAGUCCUCGAGCCUGUUGCUGCUUCAAACUUAGCUCAGCGACGGAGCAUGAAAAAACGAACAUCAACUGGCCUAUAA